GUUAAUUUUUUCACUAKUCAAGAUUUUUAGAAAAAGAAUAAGAAACUUCUUGUUUACCGCGCUGUCUACCUAUAUGUCCUCGUAUAUUGAUCGUCUGAUGUAGGGUAUGGAAAUAUAUAAGUGUAGGACUACUAGAAUUAAAGUGGCAUAAAUUGAUAUUAAACAAUAGAAAAUUAUAUAGCAUUUAGUAGGAUGUACUUUUUCUCUGAUUAGUGUAAAAUAAACUGAUAUAUAAUUCAUUGAUGCUAGUUAAUUUUCCAUUAUUUUUCUUAACCAAUUUAAUUUUUUGUGUAAACUACUAACAAAUUAUAUUAUUAUCUUAAAAUGGAACAAAAGUUACGCAAGAAAAGGUUAAAGUAUGAAUCUAUGUUGAAGAAAGACAUGAAUAUUGAAGCUAGCUCAAGUCCUUCUAGGAAUUUAAUGGUGUGCAAUUAUGGUUUGGUGAAUGGUUUAAGUAGAAACGAUGUAUUGCAAGUUUUUUCUCAAUAUGGUCAAKUAGAGCGCAUAAUUAUGUUACCUCAUAAAUCAUAUUGCUUUAUUAGUUUUCCCAAUAUACAGGAAGCAAUAAAUGCAUGGGAAAAAGUGAAUUGGAAAGUAAAUAGUCUUCCUGAACAAAAAUUGUUUUAUUUGAUUUAUACCGUCUCAGUCCCAAAAUUAAUAGAGAUAUCAACUUCAACCCCUCCUGGAUUAGAAGUUAUUGAAAAUUUUAUUACAGAAAAAGAAGAACAUUUUAUGUUACAAUAUUUAAAAAAACAUUGGUCCAAAUCAAGUUCAAUGAAGCAUCGUCAAGUAAAACAUUAUGGAUAUGAAUUUGAUUACGACAAUAACGGAGUACGAUUUGGUUCAUGUGAUCCAAUUCCUAAAGAAUUUGAAUUUAUUUUAAAUGCUAUAUAUUUGCGUUUAAAAUGGCACCCUAAUCAAAUAACUAUUAAUAAAUAUUUACCUGGACAAGGGAUUCCAAGUCACAUAGAUACUCAUGGGGUAUUUGACGAAUAUGUUUUGUCUCUAUCAUUGAAUUCUGAUAUUGUCAUGGAAUUCAGAAAAGGAAACUGUCAUAGUAGUAUUUURCUUAGGUCCAAAUCUCUUUUAAUUAUGUCUGGUGAAUCAAGGUUUGAUUGGACUCAUGGCAUAACACCCAGAAAAUUUGAUAUGAUUAACACAGCAGAUGGUCAUGAUAUUAUUUGUCGUGGAACUAGAAUUUCUGUAACAUUUAGACAAGUAAUUCAGAAYCAUCAUCAAAACAUUGAGGUUAAAAGAAAUUUAUAUGAAAUAUUAGGUUGURAUAAAACCACCCCUUUUGAAACAUUGAAGGAUAAUUAUAGAAAAUUGCUUGUUAAGCUUCAUCCAGAUAAAAGUAUUUUAUCAUCAUCAACAGCUGCUUGUGCCGAAUUGAAUAAAGCAUGGAGUGUUCUUAAAGAUUCUGAAUUAAAAAAAACAUAUGAUGAGCAAAUUGAACAAUGUGAUAUUGAUACAGAAGUAACAAUCUUUGAAACUAUAAAUAUUAGUGAUUUAGAAAAUAAUGAAGUGGAAGAAGUAUAUUCCUACAGAUGUCGUUGUGGAGGCAUGUUUCUAGUACCUAAGUCAAUGGUUGUUGAUAUUGAUCAGAAUGAACCUAUAUUAUAUCCUUGUGACGAUUGUUCUUUAUUUAUUAAGAUUAUGUUACCAAACACUAAUAUUUUUUAAUA